AUUAGGCGCAUACAUUUUCGGAAUCAGUGUUUUCGAAUAUGAUUUCUAACCCAGAAAAGGGUUUUCAGUCGUAGUUUCAUCAUUUUAAGAACAUAUCAUUGAAAUCAGAAUCUCUAUGAGGAAUGAAUCAGACGGGUGCAGUCCCCAUGCUCAUUUAAUUCUGUAGACCAAAUCAUUGUGAAAAUGAGAGCCAAUACAGCAAUGCUCUCUUUGUUGUUCAAGUUGUGUUUAAUUCAAGUUUCCCAUCAACUUUGUCAACAAUCAACGCAUGGGAAAGCACUAAGUUUCUAUAUUGGUAUUCUUUUUCGCGACACAGAAACUCGGCUUACACAUACACUGCGCAAGGAUGUCGCGCAAAUGAUCAUGUCGGCCCCAGAAUCGGAAGUGAAAGACUGCAUUUUUAAUAAAUAUGUCGACAUCAACGUGAAGGACGACCUUCAGAUUCAAACUCUGGGGUGGACCAAUAUACAAGAAGGCAUCAAGACUGCUGUUGAAAAUGAAGCUGAUGAAGGAAAGAGUCUCAGUGUCCUUAUUGGUCCAUUUUAUGUUAAUAUUGCGAUGAUAGCCGAGCAAAUGGACGUACCCUAUAUUGUCACUGAUUACAAAGGAUUUGAUUGGAUAGAUGUUAACCGCGUGAGAAAUAACGUGACAUGGAAAACGCUACUGGAAAUGAAACCUCCUGCUAAUCAAGUAAAUAUGGCAGUUGUGGAUGUGAUGACAGCCUACGGAUUGAAAAUAGCAGUUGUCGUUAAACCAGACGACGCAACUUCUGACCAAGAAUGUGAUGAUUUACUUGCCCAAAUGAUGGAUAACAAUAUUUCCCCAAUCUCCUAUUCCCUUGAAAUAUCUAAUGAAGACAAAAUGGCAACCCAAGCAUCAGAACUGUUGAGGACUGCACAGAUGUUAAACAUAAAGACAGUCGUCGUGUGUAGUCCCAGGGAAUACCGACACAAUCUUACUGGAAUCAUCCUAAACAGGGCGAGAACUUUUGGAAUGUUGAGUGAUGAAACGAGGAUAUUUAUUUUAUUAGACACGGAUUUUUACUUGUCCAGUUUAAGUGAGAGCAGCAUUUAUCGUAAUAAGUACUAUGCAGCCCGUUGUCAGCUCUUGGCUUUUCGGUAUCUUGAUGUCGUACAAGAUUUCCCUUCCCCCACCAAGGCUAUUGCCGAUGAUGUGUCCCGUCUACUCAUAGAGGCGCUGAAAAACUACAUGACUAUUGAAGGAAAGCAAAGCGACAUCGAUAGCAAAUUAUUUCUAGAGAGUCUAAAGAAGGUUUCCUUUGACGGUAAGACAGGAAGAAUUCAGUUUGAUGCCAUUUCCGGGGCACGUGUGAACUUUACCCUGCAUCUGUAUCGUCAUGGAGGGGGCGAAGACAUCAUAACUAGGAUCGGAGAAUGGUCACCAGAGACGAAUGCAGAGGGUGUAAGAUUUAAGAAGCUGAACGAGUCUGAACCACAUCGGAAAGGGACCAAGAACCUGUUUGACGGCAUCCAGCGUGUAGCUGUGGUUUUGGAGGCUCCAUUUGUGAUGUUGAAGGAUGACUCCACAUUGGAAGGGAACAGUAGGUAUGAGGGGUUUACGAUUGAUCUGUUGGAGGAAUUGUCCAAAAGGUGUGGAUUCGAAUACGAAAUAUAUCACGUGACGGAAUACGGGUCUCCUAUUGGUGGAGGGAUGUGGAAUGGAAUGGUUGGAGAAGUCAUUGCUGGGAAUGCAACAUUCGGUAUGGGUGCUAUUUCUAUUACCUCCUCCCGAGAAAAGGAUGUAGAUUUCAGUCUGGGUGUCAUGACAACAGGUGUCAACCUUUUAAUUUCAAAACCUAAAGUAAUGGACUCAAUAUUCCAGUUUAUGGAACCCUUUUCUCUAAAAUUAUGGAUGGCAAUCGUUGGUGCGUCGGUCGGCGUGUCUCUUUUGUACUUUAGCUUGGAUUAUUCAAGCGAGGAACGUAAGUUUUCCGCCAGGGAAACUUGGUGGUUUUCUAUCGGAACACUUCUAAUGCGAGGGACUGACUUUGCUCCUCGUCCUUCUUCCCAGAGAAUACUUACAGCCGGGUUCUUGUUCUUUGUUCUAAUCACGGUAUCAUCUUAUACAGCAAAUAUGGCUGCUUUUUUGACAACGAACAACCUUGAAAAACAAAUACAAUCACUUGAAGAACUUGUUGAUAGCCCCGAGUUUGAAUGUGGUACGGUAAGAUCUUCCGCUACCAUGAAUUUCUUUAAAACUAGUGACAAUAAAAUAUAUCGAGCUGCUUGGAAGAAAAUGAGCCAAGGGGGACUAGUUGCUUCCUCGCAGGAGGGUCGUGAGAGGGUUAAGAGAGAAAAAUACGCCUUUAUAUUUGAUUAUAUGAUUAACUCGUACUCGGAACUCACGACUUGUGAAACCAAAAUGGUGGGGACCCCCUUCAGGCUUCAGGAGCAUGGCGUUGUGAUGAAACAAGGAGCACCUUUCAAAACGAAUAUUAAUAUCAAUCUCCUUAAAGUUAAGGAAUCCCCUGUCAUGGCACAAUUAAAGAAUAAAUGGUGGGAAAACAAAAGGAAAUGUGAUCUGAUGGAAAGCCAGCCAACAGUGGAGUUUGGAAUAAAACACAUGGCGGGGGUGUUCAUAGUGGGAGCGGCGGGACUUGUAUGUGCAAUUCUAUUCUUCCUUGUAAAGAAGUGGUUUGUCCACGUGAAAAAUAAAGAAAAGUCCACAGGGCCCGACACGGGAACUAAGGAGACUAUUUAUAGUCCUGAUAAAAAUAUAAGUAAAGAAGACAUAGCGAACGCGGUCAGUGUUUGAUGCCAUAGUAUAAUGAAAAUAUCAUUCGACAAAGUAUAAAUCGCAAUCAGCUUUUACAAUAAGCAAGUGUCUAUAAAAGUCAGUUAAAAGUUCUAAUGUAUGUGAUGUGCAUACAUAUGGGAUUAUAUUGUGUAAUUUUGAAUUUGUGUUUCCCAAGAAGUUUAAAUGGGAAGACUUGAAGGGUAAAUAUCCAACAAUUCAAUGGACUGAGGACAUAUAUCUUUAUAAUACAUGUAUUUGUUAUAUUAUUAUUUUUUGAAAUAUAUGUACAUAUAUACCUACAAUGUCUAUCAAUACCAAUGUUUUACUGUUAAAGCGGUCAAAAACAAAAAUGGACGUGGGACCGCUGGUUGAGAUGGAUCUGUUGAUGGACCGUUAUGACUUUUUUUCAACAAGGUAUUCGUGAAUCGUGUAAUCUUUUAUUUAUAACCUCAUAUGUUUGUGACCAUGAUUUUGAAUCAUUUGUAUAAAGUAAAGAAAAUAUGAUUUUUGAAAAAUAAAAUCGAUGUCGCAUGACCUGUUAAGGGUUUAUUGUUAACUUUGACACCAUAUAGUACUUUUUGAAACUACUGUACAAAUGCAUUUAUAGUCAUUUUUAAUAAAAUUUAUCAAUAAACUGUUAAA